CUUAGAAAAUUCAAAACUUAAAAAUUUGAAAAUUAGAUUUGAUUCAUUAAUUUCUAAACUUAUUCGAUUAGAAAACAACGAAAAAUCAUAUCAAAAUGAAAUGAAAAAACUUCAGGAAGAAAAUAUCAACCUUAAAGUAGAAAACAACAAGUUUAAAAUUAAAGAAAUCAGUCAAGAAAUUUGUCAAGAUAAUGACUUUAAUAUGCCUAAUGAAAGCCCAAAUAAUGAUACAGAUAUUUUAAAUACUUCUGUGCCAAAAAUAGUUGAAGUGAUUGAAGAAAUUGAUAGAAAAGAUUGA